UGAUUCUGGUACGAUUGGAAACUGGUGUUCAACUAAUAAUACCUGCAGAGAAACUUUAAAAUAUUUGUUUAGUACAGUGAGGCUUGAUUCUGGAACACGGUUUACCUGAAAAAUGUUCCCUUCACUGAAUCUAUUUUUUAUCGUCAAGACAACAUUUUGCUUAUGAAGUUCACCUGCGAGGUCUGUUAACAUGGGCUGGUCCAAUGCCAAACCAAGAACUAUGCCCACGUUAGUUUUCACAUCAUUUUUCAUUGGUAUAUAUCAGUUCACAUCUGCUCAGGUGUACCAGAGCCUGACUACCAUUCCUGAAAAUGUUGCAAAUGAUGUGCCUCUCUUUGAUCUGACCAUUGCUGCUCCAAACAGUACAUAUGUAAUUACGGAUAACUCUGCUAAAACACCAGGAAUGUUCGACAUUUCCAAUGGAAAAUUAAUUUUAAAUAACGCUCUCUCAACAAAGAUAAGAAAACUUUUUGACUAUGAAAGGUUUAAAACAUUUAGCGUCAAUGUAACUGCUACAAGCACAAGUAACAGAACAGGUUGGUUGAAUUUUAUUUCUUCACAUUUCCUGCAACGAAACUUCCAAUAUUGAGCUCAAGUACUGUGAUAAAUCUCACUUCAUAUAUUAAAUGUUAAAUGCUUAAAUGUUUAAGCAGUAUUAAACUUGACCUUUGGUUUUAUUUUUUAAAAUUGAAUAUUGCUUGAUUAUUUUAAAUUCAUUCUUACAUUUUGCUAAAAAAAAUAUUCAAAAUUAUAAUAGUAUGAUUUUUCCCAACAGAUGUUCGGUACCUAACCAUUCAGUUGAGACUAUCAGAUGUUGAUGAUGAACCACCAUCUUUUACCAACCAACCUUCACCUUUCUUAGCCUCAGUGUUAAGAAAUGCUUCCCCUGGGACUUUGGUUUACACAAUAACUACUAAUGACCCAGAUUCAACUUCACAGCCAACAGUUACAAUAACUAAUCGUUAGUGACUUUUUUUUUAACUUACAAAACUUAAUGUACAACAUUAUUUUUUUAAUUGUUAAAUUUAUGGGUAUUUAAUUUGUUUUCAUUUAUAUAUCUUUUUCUGAAACUUAUUAGACAUUUCAUGUUUAAUAUACAAUGUUUUCAGAAAUACCUUCCAGUAGGUUUGCAAUACAACCUGGUGGUGCCAAUCAAUUCAGCAUUGUUACAUCAGGCGAAACAUCUUUCCCUGGAAGCACUGAGUAUACUAUUACAGUAUGUACUGUUUAAGAAAAAUAAAUGUAAAAAUUUAACUCUAUAUUGUAGAGAUCUGAUUCCCCACCUGAAUCUUAAGUCAUGUUUAAUGUUCAUUUGAAAAUAUACACAUGGUUAACUAAAUUAAUUGUGAGUUUUUGUGUAAUAUUAGAAAUAUUCUUUUUUCAAAAUGUUUGCAAACACAAUGAUGAAAAUGGGAGCAUAAGUGACAAGUAUGUCUAAGAAAUUCACCCAAACUAUUGUAGGUUCAACAUUUGUUCUUUAUUAAUUGCUAUGAAUCCUUAGGUGUCUGCAAGAGAUACUGUGGGCAACACUCAAACAGCAGAUGUCAAGGUUUUGGUUGGUCUUCGUCCACCUCAAUUUUUUUCUUCUCCUUACACUGGUCAAAUUUAUGAAAAUAUUUUUGAUACUGAUCGUAACUGGUAAGCUUGAUAGAAAUAUUUUUAAUGUUUAUCAGUACAGUUGCCAAAGUAAAGAAUUUCUAAUUAACAAUAUUUUUUAUCUGUAAAUUGCCAUUCAAGACAAAGUAUUCUAGUUAAUAUCAAAUUAUUUAUAAAUAAAUAUAAUCUUGUAAAUCUAAUCCAGGUUACUUACAAAAGACAAUCAGCAACUUGAGAUUAAAGCACGAUUGUUCCAGAGAGAUGCCCAGAUCCAGUUUCAAUUGGGGGAUCAAAGUUCAAGCAGUCAAUUUUCUCAAUAUUUUGCAACUGUUCCUCAGACUUCUUUUGAUCCUUUCACUCAGUCAGUUAAGCUUAGAAGUUCAAAGGUAAAAAUUGAUUUGAGGGGAACAUUUGAAUAAAAUAUUCCACAUGACAACUAAAAUUGAUGUUGAAGUGAUAUAUUUGAAAAUUAAUGAUUUUGCUGAUAUAUUCAUAGUAGUAGUAGGAUAAAAAAAACUAAAAAUAGUCUAGAUGAUAGAACAGUUAUUUGUGUAUGUAACAAGCUGUGUUUAAUUUUUAAGAUAGAUCAACUUGUUGUAGUUCGGCUCCUUCAAUAUUUUACAAUUAAUUUUUUUUUGUAUAGAACAAGUCUUGAAAUAUAAUUGGGGACUUAUUAAUGCUAGUUUUUCUGUAUGAGAAUGGAUAAAACUUUGGUUUUUUUUAAAGCUUAAUAACGUAUGUUAUGUUACUACUUUAUAGGUUAUUGAUUAUGAGCAACUAAAAUCUAUGACAUUUGUUGUCAGUGCUCAAGAUACAACCAACAGACUCACCAGUAGUGUUACUGUAAGAAUAUUUACAACUUCAUUACUUUAAACAGUGGUAAAUUUUAGAGGUUUUAUUUUAUUUUUUUAAAAUUCUGACUUGUAAUGUUUUGAUAACUCUGCAUAAUAACAACCUUGAAUUUUUAAUAAUAAUGUAGAAGAUAAUAUAAUCUGUAUGGUUUAUUCCAGUUAAAUAUUGAGGUCGUUGAUGAGAAUGACAAUGCACCAACAUUUUCAGCUCCACAAUACAGCACAGAAGUAAGAGAAGAUUUUUCAGUCGGGAGUACAGUUCUCUCAGGUAAAGUAAUGAUAAAAUUUAAAAAGCUUACUAUUUCUUUUUGACUCUGUUUAUUGCAUUUUUUUUUAAAGAAAUGAGGGCCCAGGAUCAAUUUAUUGAUCAUUCUGGUUCCUGUUUUGAAUUUAGAGUUUUCCUUCUUCUAGAUCAAUUGCUGUCCAAGGCUAAGAAGGUAUUUUUCACAAAGAUUUCCAAUCUUAAAAACUUGUAAAUUUAAAAAAAAUAUUCAUAUUUAUGGAAAAAAGUUUCCUAAUGUUACAAAAGUAGCAUUUUGAUGUUAUGUUGGAUUAAGUAUGGGACUGGUAUGUGAAUUUAGUUGAAUUUUUGCUUUCUUAAAACUACUAAGUUGAGCUAAAUAUUCUGAUUUUAUUUUUUCUUGUUAAAAACACGUAUCUUUCAGUUCAAGCCAAGGAUAGAGACAGAGACAGCAAUGGAGAGUUGACAUUUUCUAUAUUAAAUACUACUUAUUUCAAUGUAUCAACUGUCAAAGUAUCUGGUAGUGAUAACAACUAUAAUGGCAUAAUCACAGUGAUAAGGUAAUAAUUACUAUAUUUUCCAUAAAUAUAAGUUCUUCCAUGUUUAAUUUGUUUGAAAACUUAACGGUUAGCUACUUUUCUAACUAUAUUAAGAAAACAAGACUUCAAAAAACCAAUAUUUACACAUGCAUAAUUUUUAUGUAAUGUAACAUAUUUUUUUAGCUGAAAUGAGAAAGUUCAAAAGAUAAAUGAAUAAAUUAUAUGUUUUAUCUAUAAGAUAAGAUAAUAAGAUGAAAAAAAUAAUUUUCAGUCUUACCAACAUUUUUCCCUAUGGCAAAUUAUAAUUUGUUUUUUAAAUCACAAUGAGCUCUGGGAGAAGGGGUGCAACCCCAUCAUUUAAGAGUUAGUCUGAAAUGGGAAAUUACCAGAAAAUAAACAAGACAUGUAAUAUCAUAUAGAAUAUAAUUUUUUAGAUUGUAUAAACUCAAAAAACAGGAAUUUACAUAUAAAUGAAUCAUUAGAAAAGAAUUUAAAAAACCGAAAAGUCGUUUUAAAACAAAAAGAUAAAUAGACAGACAUGAAACUCUUUUUAUUUUCUUCUAGUGCAACCCCUGCAUGUUAUUGUUUUUGGCCGUUAGGGUAUAAAUGCUUUUAAAACUUUAAGAAUACUUGCUUUAGGGUCCCUUAUUUGUUAUGUUUUCGCAGUCCUCUUGAUUAUGAUAAGCCACCAGGUCCCACCUAUAAUUUUACACUUUUGGUGACUGACAAAGGCACUGCUCCUAGAUCAGCUACAGUUUCAGUUCUUGUGUCAGUCACAAAUGUAAAUGACAACAAUCCUAUAAUUGACAACAGGUAAGUUUAUUGUCACUGUUAUCUGUUUAAAGGCUGUCACAAAUUUAUUGUCACAGAUGUUAGCAUUAUUACUAUUGUAUUACACUAAAUUGAUGUUACGAUUUUACUAUCUCAGUUGUUAAUAGUAUUAUAAGGUUUUUCCGUGGAAAAGAUUUAAAAUAAUGUUUCUUUAAAAUAAAAAUACAGUUUAUCCAUGUAUUUUUAUUUUAAAAAAAUAAUAAUUUUCGAGAGCGUGAAAUGUUACUUUCUUCCAAAGACAUUGGUUUAAAGAUGUCCUAUUUGUCUUGUAAUUUUUGAAAAUUAUUAGCAAAUAUUAAUUUUAGCCCUUUAGUAAUUUGGCUUUUCUUACCUUUUAAUUAAUAUAAAAUUUAAUUAUUUACUUAUAGCAAUGCUGUGUAUAUUUUUUACCUUUAGUACAAGCUUGUUGAGUCUCACAGAGACAGCCCAAACUAACUUUGUGGUGACUAUAAUACAGGCCUCUGAUGUUGAUGGAGACAGUAUUCGGUUCUAUUUUGCAAGUAAGAAAUACAUUUAUACCACAUUUUUCUUUGAAAUUAUUACAUAGUUUUUAUUCAUUUUUUUUCUUCCUAAUUAGAAAAACUAAAUAAAUUAUUAACAGCCAUAAUGAAAGAAAUUAAUUUCAUGACCAUUUAAGUGGUGUUUAAAAAGAUUUAUUAAGUUUUAAAAAAUAGUCGGGAAUACAUAUGUUCAUACAAAUGAAUAAAUUUAUCUUAAUUGUAAAUUUCUUUGCAGACAAUCAAGGAUCUCAGGUCCCCACCAUUGACAUAUUUAAAAUUGAUGCCCAGUCUGGUGUGAUUCAGUUGACAAGCACAAUUCCUAAAGAUAGAGACUCAUACUCUCUAAAAGUUCUUGGUGUGGAUGAUGACCAAUGUUGCAAGGAUAAAACAGGAUCAAGAACUUCAUCUGCAGUUUUUACCGUAAACAUCAUUGACAUCAAUGCCGAUAAACCGAGUUUUAAUAAUUGCACUCUGUAUGACAAUAUUGCAAGUGUUAAAGAAAAGGCUCCCAUUGGAACUCAAGUUAUUCAGGCAAUAAUAAUUUAUAAUCUUGUUGUUGUAUUUUAAUUUUUGUAUUUAAAUAUUACAUUUGAAUACAUUGAAAUAAAAACUUAAUGUCAAUUAUUUAACAGAUAUAAAACAAGAAACAAUAUAUUCUCUUUAGGUGGUAGCUACUGACCCAGACAGAGGAGAAAAUGGUCGUGUUCUCUACGAUAUACAAAAUCCUUCACCUAGUCAGCCCAAUGCCCCUUUCAAAAUUGAUCAAAAUAACGGUAGCAUCACUGUGAAAACAAUAAUAACUAGAGGAACAGAUAGUUUCAUACAGGUAAAGUUUUACCAAUUGAUAGGUAAAGAAACCUUGGGUUAUUUAUAAUAAAGUAAUUUUAAUCCGUGCGUAGUUAAGUAGCAGUCCUUGUGCUAAAGGAUGAAAAAUUAUUUCUUUAAAAAGAUAAAUAAAAUCAAUGGUCUAUAUUUUUUAAAACUAUAACAUGGUACAUGCAGUACAUAAUAAAAUUUAACCUUGAUCAAAAUUAUGGUUGAUAUCAUAUAUUCAAGACUAUUUAAAUUAUCUACCAAUUAAUUGCCUUUCGCAUUACAUUCUUUGUAAUUAAUUUUUAAUGUAGUUAACGUUUUUAAAAAUUAUAUAUAUUUUUAAAGAACUACACAUUUUUUUAGAAGUAUAUAAUUUUAUAACAUAAUAAUAUUAAUAUAAUGUAGUCAGUAACAUUCUUCACAUUUUAUUUUGAAUUAUCUUCUCAGUUCAAAACCUAUAUUGUUUAACCAUUUUCAUUCAAUUUCUUUUAAAACUCAAAUUUUACAUUGCAGGUGACAGUCGUAGGUCGUAACCCCACAAUUACACAAAUGGAAGGCUGGUGUACAUUCCGUGUCACAAUAGUUGAUAUCAAUGACCACACACCAACCUUCUAUCAGUCUUUGUACAACAUAGAGAUUGCUAUCAGCACACCUCGCAACAGUGUAAGUUUUUUUUUUUUUAAUUUAGUCUGUAUGCUUUAUUACUAUUAAACAAUCACGUAAAAGGGCUGAAGAAGGCAUCUGCAAACAUAUUGAAUGUGAAAUUUCAGUUUGCUAGCGGAAAGAGAGUCGAAAUAGCCAACUUGAUCAACAGCAUAAAACCUGAAAUCGUCUUGUGUGCAGAAACAUGGCUGAAUCCCUCCAUAGCAAACGCAGAGGUUGUACCGGAUAAUUAAAAACUAUUCCGGCGAGACAGAAAAGACGGAGGAGGAGGAGUACUUGUUGCUGUCCAUGACAGGCUGGACUGUCACGCUGUUCCAGAACUAGAUGUUGAUGACUGCGAACUCCUGUGGGUGACGGUGAAGCUAAAGGGUAGACGCAUGUGACGUGACGUACUUUGCCUAGGGGUUGGUCCCUGCGUAUUAGCCACAGAACAAUUUGUAAGGGCCUAGAACUAUGCGUAACAGUAAAAAACUUCAUAAGAAUUAAUAUCUGGUGUUCAGAAUAAAAAUUGGGUCCAGAAAAUACUGCACAUGCUAUAAGAAAUAUAGUUACAUAAGUUCUCUGCCAUCCAUAGAAAAUAAUCCCUCUCUUCACAAAACUAACUUCCUUACAUCCAAUCCACAGCACUCGCCACUGUCUCGCUCUCUAACUACUCGCCUCCUGUUUACACACUCCUCUUAUCACGUGGUUCCUCUCUUCACACCACAACAGUCAUAUAUGACUGAGCAAAAUUCGUAGGGUAUAUGAGGAAACAAAACCCACGAUUUCUCAAUUGUCAUCAUCAAAGCAGACACAGAAAAACUCACGCGAUCUGACCGUGACAACGCACACUUUACGUUUGUGUCUGCUACAGACCCAACACAGCAGAUGAACCAAGCUUGGGGAGGCUUGAUGUGUCACUUCAGAGAGCAAUUCAGUCGAAGAACGUAUCUCUUCUUAUUGGGGUAGAUUUCAACUUUCCUGGUUGGAACUGGCAUAUUACUGCCUUGAAGCCGAAGUCCCCAUGCCCUGUCCUACACUCUGAAUUCAUGGAGAUAAUUAACAACCAUGAUCUGAAACAGAUGGGUAAAGAACCCAGGUGGGGAAACAAUAUUCAAGUCAGCGGGCUAAAAAAUAAACAGGCAGUGCGAGAAAUUUCCAUUUAUGCCUAGGCAGACUGGGAUAGUCUGAGAAGGGCAACGAAAGAGCUGAGCUCAACAUGCACGAGAUUCAGGGUAAAGCGACAACAGAAGAGCUGUGGAUGAAAUUCAAGACAAUCACUGAUGCAUUGAAGAAAUUCAUACCACACAAGACCAAUAAACCUACGACAAAUCAGCCAUGGGUCACGGCUGAAAUCCGAAGGCUCAUACACAGGAGAGACCGCCAGUACAAACGAAUGAAGAAUUGCUCGGUUGAACAAAAAGCCGAAGUAUUGAGGCUCAGAAAAUCAUCAAACGCUUACUGCGCAGAUCUUACUGGCACUAUCUGAACGGCAUCUGCUCAGAGGAAGAUACUCUGGACAAGAGUGUCAAGAACAAGCGGUUCUAGAGCUAAGUCUAGCAAGAAAAGUAAUCAAACACCAGGGUUUGCCCCUGAGAUAGGAAAACCAGUUGACGUCUGAACCCAAAACACAGGCGGACAAACUGAAUCAACAGUUCCAGUCGGUCUUUGGUGAUGGUAGAGAGUACUCAGAGGUUGAGUUCCUUCUGAAAACCAACAUGAUGAGCACAACCUACUCCGCCAUGGAAGAUAUCCAGAUUUCAUAGCGGGGUGUACUGUCACUCCUUAAAACCAUUAACCCCUACAAGGCAUGUGGUCCUGACAACAUCAAACCAGGAGUGCUAAAAGAAUUGGCCAAUGAAAUCGCUACUGCCCUGACAAUCCUAUUCCAAUCGUCGCUAUCCACAGCCAAUGCUCCAAAUUACUAGAGAUCAGCGCCUGUCACUCCAAUUUACAAAAAAGGGAGCAUUACGACCCAGCCAACAACCGUCCUGUAUCCCUCAGCAUCGUCGUAUGCAAACUAUUAGAGCACAUAAUCGUAAGAGCGGUCAUGAAUCAUCUUGAAAGACACAAUAUACUCAGUGACUGUCAGCAUCGCUUCCGAGUCAACAGAUUGUGUGAGACCCAACUCCUUGAAUUUGCUGAAGAAUUGACUUCCAAUUUGGAGAACAGCAAGCAAACUGAUGUGUUUGAGCUGGACUUCUCAAAGGCGUUUCAUAGUGUCAAACAUAGCUUGCUAUUACACAAACUGCAGAGAUAUGGGAUCCAAGGCACUACCAAAAUAUAUAACUCUAGCUUCCUCAGCGACCGAUGCCAGGCAGUAGUGGAAGAUGGCACAACCUCCUCCUUUGUCGAUGUUAAGUCAGGGUUCUCCAGGGCUCGGUGCUAGGCCCCUGUUUGUUUCUAGCAUAUAUCAUUGAUCUGCCCGAGAAGCUGACCUCUCAAGCAAGACUUGUCGCAGACGACACGUCAGUGUAUAGUACGAUCGCCAACAGUCCAGACCAGGCCCAGCUAAAACAGGACCUCAAUCGGUUAGCUGAGUGGGAGAUGAGCUGGAACAGGGAAUUUCAUCCCGUUAAGUGCCAGACCAUGUCAGUCUUCAGAAGCAGAUCCCCUCUACACCACUUUUACGAAUUGCAUGGCCAUUUUCUAGAGCAGUGGUUCUCAAGCUUUCUAAUGCCACGACCCUUUAAUAGAGUUCCUCAUGCUGUGGCGACCCCCGGCCACAAAAUUAUUUUAGUUGCUACUUCAUAAAUGUAGAGCAUAUGUGUUUUCAGGUGGUCUGAGGCGACCCCUGGGAAAGGGUCGUGCGACCCCCAAAGGGGUCACGACCCACAGGUUGAGAACCGCUGUUCUAGAGCCUGUUUCAUCAGUUAUGUACCUAGGUGUUACCAUUCAAACAGAGGUCACUGGGCGAGCACAUUAACAGUGUGUGCAACCGGGCAAACAAGACCCUGGUGUUCCUAAGGCGCAAUCUGAAGAUCGGCAACUCAAGCGUGAAAGAAAAAUCCUAUAAAGCCUUUGUCCGCCCGCUUUUAGAGUACGCUUCUACAGUCUGGGAUCAAUUUACUUUUAGAGUACGCUUCUACAGUCUGGGAUCAAUUUACUUUUAGAGUACGCUUCUACAGUCUGGGAUCAAUUUACUUUUAGAGUACGCUUCUACAGUCUGGGAUCAAUUUACUUUUAGAGUACGCUUCUACAGUCUGGGAUCAAUUUACUUUUAGAGUACGCUUCUACAGUCUGGGAUCAAUUUACCGAGAAAAGCAUCGACAGUUUGGAGGCGGUCCAGUGACGGGCAGCACGCUUUGUCCUGAAACGCUACAGAAACACUGGCUUGGUCACCAUUGGAAGAAUGACGACGACUAUCCAGGCUCACCAUGUUGUACAAGAUCAAAAAAAUGGACUAAUCAACUGCUUGGCAUCAAACAGAAACUCGUCCAUAUUCCCCCUAGACAGCGACGGUGCCACGACAGGAUGUUCCGACUAAUAAAAAAAAAACUCAGUAUAGUAGCUCCUCAUGCCUGCCAAAGACAAUAAGGGACUGGAACAGCUUCCAAAAGCAAAAUUUGAGACGCUACACUCGACACAUUUGAGUCUAUUUCCUCCUGUCUUCCAACCCCCAGUUCAUAGCACCACAGCUGAGUAGUUCUUGCAACCAGUAAAGUAUCCCCUUGAAAACUAUGGAUAGUAACAUCGCGAACCCCUCUGAAACAUAGGCGCCAGGAUGAUCAAUCCAUUGAUCGUGAGCCCUCAAAAUAAAGAAGAAGAAGAAGAAGAAAUAAUUAUGUUCUUUGUUUUGUCUUUUUUUUCAUUCCUUUUGCCUAACCUGGCCGAAGUAAUCUCACUCUCCCCCCACUCCCAAACCAAAUUAUCCUAAACAACCUAGUCUUUUACUUAGCAAUAACCACUAUAGAAAAUAUUGAUGAUUACAUUUUCAUUUCUCCACAUUUAGACAAUCAGUCAGAUCGUUGCAACAGAUGAUGAUGUUGGAGUAAAUGCUGAGAUGACCUACAUGUUUAGUACAAAUGAUUCAUUGACAAUCAGCUUGUUUUCUAUUGGUGCCAAUACUGGUGUGAUUAAACUUAUUGGCGACCUCACAUCAACAGGCCAGGUAAUUUUUUCUUAUGAGUUUUUAUUUUCUAUCCCACAUGUGUAUUUAUUUACUGAGUAUUUGAAAUGGUAUUGUUUAUUGAUUAUAUUUUUUUAAUUUUAAUUUUCUUUUACGUUGUGCAAUAUAAUUAGUUGUUUUUUUUAAAAUAAAUUAUAAAUCACAUUAAACAAAGAAUGAUUUUUGUACAGUAAUAGUAAUAGCUGUUAGUAUUAGAUAAAAAUAACCUACAUUUAUGUUUUUGAUCAUCCUGUAUUACUAAGUACACAUUGAUAGUCAUUGCUACCGAUCAUGGUACUGACCCAGGGGCCCUGUCAGGAAACACCACUGUUGUUAUAGAUGUCAAACUUAAUGACAGGGCACCUCCAGUGUGAGUAAAGCUUAUUUUCUCUUAAACAUUGCAAAUGAAAACUGACAUGGAACAUGUUGUAUAAAUACUUAAGUAGUAUUUUAUCAAUUGACAAACAUGUAAUAACUAAUGGAAAAAAUCUCACUUGAAAAAAUUAUUUGAAUAAUUAUUAUUUGUUUCUUCAAGUUUGGUUUAUUACAUGUAUAUUUAAUAGCUAAAUAUUUCACAAUAUUUUUAUAAAAAUCUUAGUAAGACUUACUUACUGAUGCAAUAAUUGAACCAAAAAGGUAAGAUUCAAUAUCAUGGGCUUUUUUUUUAAUCUUCCAGGUGGCUUAAUAGCACAAGUCCUCUUGUAUUCAGCAUAAGUGAAAGUGCACCCAUAGGAACUAUUCUUACAACAUUCAUCUGUAACUCUAAUAUACCUGAUGCUCCUGAAGUUAAGUUUCUAGUUUUUGAACCAGCUGUUUCAAUUACACAAGAUUCUCCAACUUUCGGUACUGUUAAAUUAAAUAGCAGUUCCAUGAAUCUGGUGUUAAAAUCUGCCACAGCUUUGAAUUACAUCACCAAAAAACAGUACCAAUUGUCUGUUGUUUGUCAGGUAUACGUUUCAAGUACAUUAUAGAUUAUUCGUUUCAAAUAGUUUGUUUUUUUUUAAUGAAUUUUAUCUCCAAGCAUUUUAGGUCUAUUUUAAAUACUUUAUUUUUGUGGAAUUAUAAAUUUGGUUAAUUUUGAAAUUCAGAUCAUCAUUGCAUUUUAAUAUCAGUGUCCAUGAUUUACUUUAGUUGCAUAAAAAGUAUUUUUCUUUAACUUUCAUGAACCAUCAUUAGUACAUGAAAUCAAUUCAUAUAAAAUAAUUGAAGUCUACAAAUAUUAAUAAAAGUCAUGGAUAUAACAGCACUGUGUUUACUAAUAUGCUGAAUUGUCUUCUCUAGACGACGUCAGGGCUGACUCUCAGCACUGAAAUCAAUCCUGUUAUAAAUGUCAUAGAUGCCAAUAACCAAGUUCCAACAUUUGAAGGUCUGUCCAGUACAAGUCGAUAUGUAGGAACUGUAGCAGAAAAUUCCCCUUCUGGGACAACAGUUCUCCGAAUUUCAGCAAGUGACAAGGAUGAAACCCCAGCUUUUAGAACUGUAAGUAACAGCAAUGACAUAAAAGAGUCCUGACAAAUGGUCAAACUCUAUGAAAGAGAUACAAAUAAAUAUGUCUGCAGAAAAAACAGAACACUGACAUUUUUAAUUCUUUUUUAUUAAAAAAACUUUGCCUUCCUCUUUUGCCUUUUUUUCUCCUUCUGGGGCAUAGGCCAUCCACAAGAAUUUCCUAUUCAUCACGGUCCUGUGCUUUCCUUUUUAGUUGUUUCCAGGUAUAUUCCAUAUUUUGGAUGUCUACCUCUUACUUGCGUCUCAAUUUAUUCUUGGGACUUCCUCCUUUUCUUUUUUACCUUAGGAUUCCAAGUUAAGGAUUGUCUGGUUGUGCUAUCUGGGGGUUUUCGGAGAGUAUGCCCUAUCCACCUCCAUCUUUUCUUUAAGAUAUCUUUGUCAAUAGGCACCUGGUAAGUCCGUUCUAGUAGAUCUUUAUUGGUGAUUGUAAUUCGCCAUUUGAUGUUAAAGGAUCUUUCUAAGACAUGUGUUUAUGAAGGUCUGAACUUUUUGCGUAAUGUUCGCUGUUGUUUUCCAAGUUUCCGCUCCAUAUAGUUAAACUGUUUUUACAUUUGUGUUAAAAAUUCUGGCUUUAGUUUGCAGCUUCAGCUCCUUCGACUCCCAUAGUUCUUAAAUAGCACAAAAAAAAAAAAAAAAAAAAAAAAAAAAAAAAAAAAAAAAAAAAAAAAAAAAAAAAAAAAAAAAAAAAAAAAAAAAAAAAAAAAAAAAAAGCAACAAAAAAUUGUGAUUUGGCAUUAUCGUUUCAUGAAACACUUUUGAACUGUUUCUUUCAAUAAAGAAUAAUGUUAUUGAAUAAUUUUUUAAAUUUAUUAUUCAUGUAACAAAGUGUAUUUUGAAAGAUCUUGACACUAAAGUUUAAGUGAGCAUCUUGUAAGAAGGUAUUAAUUGAAAUUAUAUAUAAUAGUUUUAUUAUUGAUAAGAAGUAUGUCAAGCUAAAAAAUUAUCAAGAUUAUUAAUUAUUUUUCAGGUUACAUUUCAAUUACUAGGUCCUAAUAAAGAUUUGUUUCAAAUCAUCCCCAAUGGUGAUAAUAGAGCCACAAUAGUUACAUCACGCUCUAUCAGUCUGGAUAGAGAGACAAAUGAGUUUUACACUGUUGAGAUUGAAGCUCGAGAUGGAGCCCCUGCUGCCUUUCCACCCAACUCAACUCUGCCAAAUAUAGGUAGGAGGAUUUUGAUUUUCAAUCUAUAAAGCAUUGUUAGACUUUAUUUGAAUGAUUUUUUAAAAGUCACCUUAGAUACUUGUUCUGAAGCCCGUUUCUUAGUUCGUAAGCCAAAAAAAAAAUUUAAAAAAACAUGACCCAAACUUAUUUAAAAAUGUGUCAGUGUAAGCAAUACAGUGCCGAAGAAGGUCAAAGAUGAGAUUAUGCUAGUACUAAAAAGCUCCUAAAUAGUGGUUCCAUCUACUUCGUUGUUUUAUUAUAUUAUAUAGUAACAACUGGGGAAGCUUGUACAUUUUUUUGUAGUAAUCAAAAUUUGUUAAAACAGGAGAGAACAAAUAUAUUUUAUUUUAGAAGAAAAUUAAUAAAAUUCAUAAAUAAAGGGAGUGCAGAUGUUUAAUAAUAGUGAAUAUUCAAAUGGUAGAGGAAAACCUGAAGAAGGACAAUAACAGAAGGUGAAAGUUUCAGACAAAAAGCCUUAGAAAGCAAAAUACUCUUAACUUAUCUGUUUAUGAUAUGUAGUCUACAUGAAAUGGUAGACAUGUUCAUUUGUAGAUAAGCUAUGGAAGGGACCCAUGAAAUCAAAUAAUUAGCAUAUGAGAUUAACACAGGGCCGUAUUAACAGAAGUGGAGGCCGUGGAUACAGAAAUGCAUUGAGGCCCUAUCCCACUAUAUACUCAGGGCCAAGCGAAGGCGGGGUGAGAGGGCCAAUCACCCGAGGCGCCAAUAUCAAGGGGCAGCAAAAUCUUCUUUAGAUAGGCCUUUAUUAAGUGAAUUAAACAAUGAAAUCCCAUGUACUUCACAUAGCAGGAGCUACAACAUGAUUUUCUAGUCCGCAUCGGGGACUGCUUUUCCUUGGCAUGGCUCUGCCUAUAGCCUACUAUUCAAAAAAUGUUAUGAAAAGCAUUAUGGCCCAGGUUGGCCUUUGCGUUUUGACCAGUUUCUUUCAAGUACUUCUUUCGCAUAAGGGGGGAGGUAAUUAUUUCAGAUGGUUGGGGGAGGGGGUCAGGGCAUCCAUCAGCAACGAAAUUAUGAAUUUUGAUGCCGAUGGUCAGCUUUUGCUUCGUCACCACCACCAUUCAUAACCAUGGAGUCAUUCUGAUAGUAGAGGCCCCUUAGGUAUGCUUUAGCUCCAAUUAAGUUUUGUCUCUGAAAUCUAUAUAGUUCAACUACAUAUACUAAAAAAAUAAGUUUAAUUACUUUCAUCCUGCGCUUUUUUUUUAAGUUUAAAACGUGUCAGUCUGGACUGUCCCAUUAAUUGGGGGGAGAAGGAAGAGAUCGAGGCCACCGAAAGAAACCUGGGGGGGGGGGGGGGAGGGUGAGGUCUCACUAAGACACUCCACAGAAAAUUUUUGAUGAAUGCAAUAUGAUCGGAUGUAUUUUAGAGCACGCAUAAAUUACGUUUUGCAACAUUCUACACUUAACCAGCUAUCAACAGAAAAGAUGCUAGUUGAAAUUUAGGUUCCCUUGAACAAGCAUGGCUUCCACAAUUUCUUUUUAAAUUUAGUUGUAAUUAAUAAAGUAAAGUUUUUCAAAAUUUUUAUUUGAAACUAUUGAUUUGUUUAAACUAAUUCAUGAAUGUAAAUACCAAAAAAACUACUUUUAAAAAAAGUUGAUUGUUAGCAACAAAAUAAAACAAUCUAUUAGUAUAUUAGUUAAUAAUUAUCAUUUUGGAUUUAAUUUAAAACUUACGUAGGUUUCCCCAAAAUUUGCAGUCCCAAAAAAAUGAAGAAAAAAUACUGUUUUGUAAAAAAAGGUCCAUAGAUUUUGUAUGGCUAUUUAAAAUAUGUAAUUUUAAAAUAAAUGUUAUCUAAAUUGUAUCAAAGAAAAGAAAGGAAAUAUUUACAAAAGGUGUCAUAUAUUUAUUAAUAUAUGAUAUAUCUGAGGGAAAGUGAGACAUUAUGAUUUCCGAACCAAUGCAGUAAUUUUAAAAGUUCAUUUGGAAUUUGUAACAGCUAUAACUUUCUUCAUUUAAAUUACUAAAUAAUUAACACUUGGCAAUUUUUGUAAGACUGCUAAUUUACUCCUCCACCAACCCCCCCCCCCCAACUAAACAAUAAUUAUUGAAUUUUUUAAAAAUUCAAAUUGAUAACAUGUAACAAAAAAUGUUUUCUGAAACUAGUAGUAGUAGCAAAGAAAAUUGAAUAUGUGAAAAUCAAAAAACUUGUUUAAAUAAAUUGGAGAAACACAAAAUGCCCGCUGCAUUUUGAGAGCAAAAUUGCCAAAAAUAUUUCAAUAUUCACAAAUAAUAAUGGCAGUAUUAUGACCAUAGAAGCAAAUUACUAAUAUUUUUUGAAAUAGUUAAACAUCAAUUUAUUUGACCUAUUCCUUAGCAUCAUCUUAUUCACAACUAACCCUGCAUACUUCUUGCUGGAAAUAAAAUAUUUUAAUUUCCUGAACACAUUAUGGUGGGUCUUCCAGCUAUGCUAAAAUUAAAAAAACACAGAAUAAUGCGGCUCGCAUUGUUCUUCGCAAACGCAAUUUUGACCAUGUCAAAACACGCACUCGCAUAGAGUACAAAAUUGCAAAUCUGUGCUAUCGCUUGUGCAUGACCUACCAACGUCCUUUCUCAAAGUGCUCAUGACGACUUAUGUACCCACUAAACAACUCCGCUCGUCCGAUAAUGGCAAACUCUCCAUACUACGUCUUCGCCUUGAGACUUACGGAAAGCACACUUUCGCAUUUGCUGGCACAACAAUUUAGAACACACCGCCUGUCGCUCUUGGAAACAGCCAAAUAAUGGAGUAUUUCAAAACCGAAUUGAAAACACAUCUAUUUCUCAAACACCUGCUGGGGUGAUGUUGCCUACCAUCUUUUCCAGCUAGCUAUUAUCUCCUAGAUGUAUAUUGGCCUGUGUUGUUUAUGGUUGCAAGGGAUGAAAGACUUAGGAUGGGUAUUCUCGUAUGUAGUUUUUGUAGUGUUGCGUUUUGUAUUUCAAUGUGGUAUAAUAUAGAUUUUUUCAUUUCUCUUUUAAUAUGGUUGACUUUGUUUCGCGCUUCGAGUCUUUGGGGAUGAAGCGUAAUUUUAAAGUAAACUUUAUUAUUAUUUAAUAUUAUUAUUAUAAAUGUAAUAAUAUUGAUAACAAUUUAAAUUAAUUCAUUCACUUACACAGAAACAACUUCAUCUUAUUGUGUUGCAACUAUUUACACUUACCAAGUUUUGUUUGAUUUUUACUACAGAUUUCACAAUUUAUACUCUUGCCGACAAACACCAAAAUAAGAUUGAAGUUUUACAAUGUAUUUUUUAGUAGUUCUUUAUAUCCAAAAGAUAUUCUACUAUUUAGAUUACAUUUAGGUGCUAAAGAUUUAAUUGAUUUUCUUGUUUUAUUUUGUGAUUUCAGUAACAAGAAGACUUGAUGUUCGUGUAACAGAUGUUAACGAUAAUAUACCGUCCUUUGACAGUCAAUCAUACAUAUUUGAAAUUGAUGAAGAAACACCCGUUGGUUUAGUUAUAGCAAGUGUCACAGCUAAUGACCCAGACUCAAGUAAGUUUUACAUUUGUACACAGACUUACUCUAUAAGGUUUUUAAUGCAUUUUUUAGACCUUCAUUAUGUCAAACAUUUUAUUCUAUAGUAUGCUUAUUUUAAAAUUAAAACAACAUUUAUGUAGCUUUUAAACGGUAAAUAAGUGUAACUUAUCGAAGCAUCAAAGAGGCUGAUGUCUGCAUUCGUGUAAUCGCGCAUGGACUACUGCAAUGCUCUCAUGGUGGGUCUCCCAGCUAUGUUCCUGGAUAAAAUUCAAACAGAAUAGUGCGGUUCGCAUUGUUCUUCGCAAACGCAAAUCGAUCAUGCUAAAACACUUCUGAGAAAGCUGCACUGGCUGCCGGUCCGCGCUCGCAUAGAGUACAAAAUUGCAACUUUGUGCUACCGCUGCUUACAUGACCUGGCGCCGUCUAUCUCAAAGCACUCAUGACGCCUUAUGUACCCACUAGACAGCGCCGCUCAUCCGAUAGUGGCAAAAUAUCGAUACCGCGUGUUCGCCUUGAGACUUACGGAAAGCGCACUUUUGCAUUUGCUGGCCCAACAAAUUGGAACGCCCUUCCAGUCGCUCUCAGAAACAGCCAGACACUUUAAAACCGAUUUAAAAACACAUCUAUUUCGCAAACACCUUCUGGGGUUAUGCUAUCUACCAUCUGUUUCCAGUUAAUGUAUAUUGCUUGUGUUGCUUAUGGUUGAAAUGUGAUGAAAGACUUUGACUUGGUAUGCUCCUAUGUAGUUUUAUAUUGAUGCGUCUGUUUUUAAAUGUGGUAAAUUUUAGAUAUUUUUUUUCUCUAUUUAAUAAGGUUGACUUUGUACCGCGCUUUGAGCUUUUGGGGAUGAAGUGUUUUUUUUUUCAAAUAAACUUUAUUAUUAUUUUUAUAAAUAUGUGUAUAGCCAUAAGAAAAUGUAGUUAUUAUAACAUUCUACACAAAAGAAGACAUUAAAGAAUCUUCACUUCAGAUCAGAAUGUCUCUGCAAAAUUUUAAGUAAAAAUGCAAUCUAGGCCAGUGUUUCCCAAACUUUAAAGUUUGGCCAUCCGGUGGACAUGUUUUGAAAUUUCACCAGGGCCAAUGCAAGAUUUAUUAAUAACAUGUUCAUUGUAUUUGACCAUAAAUAUUGAUUGUGUGCGGUCCGGCAAUGCAAGGAUCACGGACGGGCACCAGUCCGCGGCCCAUCAUUUGAGAAACAUUGGUCUAGCCAUUGAAAUUUUUAAAAGCAAAACUUAAAAUAAUUUGUGUUGAUGUUUCUAGUGCUCAACUCCAUUCUUUUACAAACUUAGUGGUUUUCAAAGUGGUUGAUAUCAUCUUAAUGUUAUAAACUUUUUUAAGUGUAACAUCUAUAAAUCUUGCUUAAUAUGUACACUAGCUUGAUACCACUCGAUAAAAUUCAAUAGUUAUUUCCUGAAUUGAAGUAAAAAAUUUUACUUUAAUUAAAAGUUCAAUCAUAUGAUACUCUAUUACAUUUAUCAAACUAUCAUGAAUAGCAUUCACAGCAGGGUUAAAACGAAAAGGGGGAGGGUGUGCUUGGGAUGUAGUUGGAUUUGUGGCACCAAGAUUAUGAUGGCUGAAAGAAAAAGUUUAAGAACCCCUGCAUUAAAUGAAUAGCGGGGACACUUUUGAUCUCUGUUUCAAAUGACUCAUGAUAGCAUUUUUGUUGUGUAUAUCCAGACCAAUGGGUCUCCAUGUUGAUUACAUGAUUAAUUGCCAAAGUUUAUCUGCCUCUGAAUUUUUAAAUAAUCAUGCAAGUUAUAAAAUGUUAGUAAUAAUUUUAAUAGUUAGAAUAUAACUUUACAAAUGUAUUUUUUUUAAUGAAUCAAGGGGGAGGUAACGUUUUCAUUAAUAUAAUGAAACAGGAUCACAAAAGCUAAAAUACAACUUUUUACAUUCUUAUUUUAAUAUUAUGAUUUAAUAAUAAAUUAAUACUUCAUUAUGACAAAUUUGGCAAUUUACUUUUUUUUAAUGUGAAAAAAAACACCAUGUAUAACCAAAAAUUAAAUAUGGGGAUUUAAAAACUCUUCCAGGUUAAAGUAAUUUCAAGGCAAUUUGUGAAACCUUCCAUUUUUAUUUACUUUUAUAAAUAACUGCAUAUUUUCAGUUGAUCAAGGUAACUUGAAUUAUCGUUUUGAAAUUGGAAACAUAAAUAAUGCAUUCUCAAUUCUGACUGGCACUGGGCAGAUCCGUGUUGCACGAAGGCUGGACUAUGAGAAUCCUGCUGAACCCAAGGUAACAGAAGCAAAACUUUGUACUACAAAAGCCACUGCUUAAUUAAUGUGUUUUUUGAAUAUAAUAUUCCCAUAUAUAAUAUAUUAUAUAUAAUAUAAUAUAUAAAAUUGAUCCCAUUUAUAUUGUAAAAUUCUUAAAUAGAUUUUAUCCAUAAAAUCUUUUUUUGAAAGACCUACAGAAUGCAACUGAUUGCAACAGAUUCCAACCAGCUUCAUAGUUGCUCUACCCCCGUGGAAAUCAAAAUAAGGGAUAUUAAUGAUAAUUCACCAGAAUUUUCCCACUUAUUAUAUUCAGUGGUGGGAAAAGCUGUAGAAGAAGAUGCUACGGUGACACAAACUAACAAGAUGUUUCUUAUUCAGGUAACUUUAUUUCAAUCUUAUUAAUUAUUAGUCUACAGAAAACUCAUAUAAUGAUGCAAGAAGCACCGUCCCCUCCAAUCAUAUCUAUUGAGGGUCAUAAUAUUUCGGUUGUUGAUCAUUUCAUAUACCUGGGAUCCAAUAUUUCUAGUUCUCUCUCCGUUGAUGAAGAGAUAAAUAUCAGGAUUGCAAAAGCAGCAGCAACUAUGGCUAAACUGAAUAAGCGGGUGUGGAAUAAUCUCAAUCUAACUGAUCAAACAAAAAUAAGUGUCUAUCAGGCAUGGGUGCUUAGCACGCUCUUAUAUGGUAGCGAAGUGUGGACCAGAUAUACCAUUCAGGAGCGUAAACUCAACAGCGUCCAUCAAAGAUUCUGUGUCGCAUUUUGCGCAUUCGUUGGCAGGAUAGGGUGCCUAACGUGGAGGUUUUGGAACAUGCACACAUGUUUAGCAUAUUCUCCGUUAUUAUCAGCCUUCGCUGGUUAGGUCAUGUACGGAGAAUGGAGGAAGGACGUAUCCCAAAGAUUCCUCUGUAUGGAGAGUUGGCAGAGGGGACAAGACACAUUGGACGACCGCGCCUGAGAUUUAUUGACGUUUGCAAAUGAAGCAUUAGGGAAGCCAAUAUUGAAACAAACGAAUGGGAGUUCAUUGCCGAACAUCGCUCCAACUGGCGUACAGCAGUGUUUGAAGGAGUGAAAUAGGCAGAAUUUACUCGAAACGAGGCCCUCGAAUCAAAAAGAACAAUUCGAAAAUCAAGAAUUUACCGGGAUUCAACAUUCUCCUGCGAGAGAUGCGGCCGUGAUCGCCAUUCUAGGAUUGGCCUAGUGAGCCACUCGUCAAAGUGUAGAACCAUAAUAUAGCUACUCCAUCAUCUCACAAAGACGGAAGGAAGCCAUAAUAAAUAAUAAUAUAAAAAAGGUUGAUCAAUUAGCCUCAACAGUUUUGAACCUUUAAAUAACAACUAUAUUGUUUUAUAAUUUUUUGUAUCUUCCUGAUUCUGUCAUUAUUAUCUAGGAUUUCAAGAAUAUCAUGUAUAGAUGUUAUUUAAUAUAUUUAUUUUUAACAGGUUUAACCAAGUUGUCAAUUUUAAUGUCUAUAGGUGUCUGCCACUGAUAAAGAUGUUAACCGUACACAGACAGACAUACGCUACUUUCUGAUUGGAGCUGAAAAUACAUUUUCUAUUAAUAUAUCAACCGGAGAGAUUUAUCUGAUUGGUAAAUUGGACAGAGAUCGGCCCAAUCCAAAUUACACAUUUACAGCACGAGCUGAAGAUGAACGUGCUAAUCCCCGCUUUGGAUAUGCCACUGUUGUUGUCAGUCCAAUGGAUAUAAAUGACAAUGCACCAGUCUUUCAAGAUAAUUAUCUAAAGAGUGAUGUUUUGGAGAAUCCUUCAGUAGGAAGUAAGUUAAUAUUAUCAGCAACAUAUGCUCCAUCUAUAAUGGUUAUCAUGGUACAAUUUAAUUACACUUUAUACAUCAAGAAGAAAAUGUUUAAUAUUACACUGUAUUACAGUAAAUUUCUGAUAACAAUCGUUUCUCUGACUUUAUUUUUUUAAACUCUUGGUACAAAGUAGGUCAAAGGGCUGCUGUAGCUAAAUUUCUAUAAUCAGUGACAGCAGCAUUUUCAAGUAACUUUUUGAAAACUGCUGCAUAAUGUAUUUUUUAUGUAUGUGCUAGAAAACCUACUUAAUAGUUUGCAUUGUUAUAAAGUAGAACUAUGAUGACAUCCAUUUUAUAUUUAACAAAUGUAUCUUUCUCUGCUCUCAGAGAGUAAUUUUAUAAAUAAAAAGUAUCCCGAAAAUAAUCUUGAUUUAAGAUUCCAUGAAAUUAAAUAGCAAUUCACUACCAUUGAGUCCAUUGUAAUACAAUUAAAAGAGGGAACAUUGCACAAAUUAAAAAUAUAUUUGUGUCCAUUUUCUCAAAAUAGCCCCUGUUCUUACUGUACUAGCAAGAGACAUUGAUUAUGGGGACAAUGGUACUGUCAACUACAGAAUAUUUUCCACCCAGCCAACACCGGACAGAUCAGCUUUAUUUAGUGUCAGUAACAUUGGUGUCAUUACUACCAGAGGAGAUCCAGGAGCAUUUGACAGAGAAACAGUGCAUACUAUGUAUUUGACAAUAGAAGCUUUUGAUGGUGGCAUACCUCCAAUGCAAAGUACAGCAACUGUCACUAUCAGCAUUCUGGAUGUCAAUGAUAAUUCUCCAUAUUUUGACAAAUCUCUUUAUACGUGAGUAAAUGGGGAUUUUGGAUUAUCAAACAAAUUGGCAACAAUUACAUUAGUGUUAAAAUUUGAUAUUUUGAACAGUUACGAUUUUCUCCAAUAUUUGAUCACAAAUAUAUAUUUUUUAACCGGAAAAAAUCAGCUAGUGCUAUGGUAAAAUAAACUUGUGGGAUUAAGAGUUAAUAUGCACUUUUAUGUUUAAUAAUUAAUUUGAUCUCUAAAAAGGUAAAAUCAAUAUAUUUCAGCUUUUGAAUGUUUUCAAGAUUUAAAAAGAUUAAGAGUAUUUUUUUAAAGAACUAGUCUUUCAAGAUAAUUAUCUAAAGAAUAGCUAGUAAGAAAGAUAAAUACUUAACAGUAUGUAUACUAUAGUAAUUUAUAGUUAUUUUAUUUAUCUUGAAACUAAUUUUUUUUUUAUUUAAUAAAAAUUCAAUUUUUAAUUUAGCAAUGUUUUAUGAAAGAAACAAGACUUCAAGCUUUUUUGACAAAUGAAACAAAUAAUUUAAGUUGAAUUGAAUUUCAUAUUUAAAUAGCUCCUAUACCCAGGCUACUUUUGCAUGCUCACAGCGCUCUGAUGUUCUUAAAACUAUUUAAAUAAAAAGUCUUUAAAUGUUUCUUAAAUGAUUUUGUAUCAUUUUCAACUGCUCUCAAAGAUUGGGGCAAGCUGUUCCAUAAUUUUGGAGCUAUUGUUUUAAAAGAUAUUAUUAUGUCUUAUUGUCAUUUAAUUUUAGUCUGUUUGAUGACAUCCAUUCUUUCACAACAAGACAGCAGCCCUCGAAAGCCUAAACAGCAGCAAUCACAUUCCAAAGGAUCAUGGUGGCAACACUUUUACAGUUCUGUGUCAUCUGCAAACAAUUGCGGGAAAUUCCACGACUUUCAAUAUCUCUGCCGAGCUGGCUAGUGUACAUGGAGAACAGAAUAGGGCCUAAAACUGAGCCCUAAGGAACGCCACAGAUAACAAAAAUGUCCAUGGAAGAUGUUUGAUUCACAGCAAUACGUUGAGUCCUGUCAGUCAGAUAAGAAGAAAAAACAGCGAAGUGCAGUUCUAGAGAUGCCUGCCUCAUUCAGAUGUCUUAACACUAGAAGCUCAUGGUCAAUCACAUCAAAAGCAGCACUGAGGUCAACAUGACCAAUAUUGUCAGAUCGCGUGGUCAGCACUACAAAGAACAUCAUUCAUGACACGGAGUAGUGCUGUCUCACAACAGCUGUGUCCAGGUCGAUUUGCAGAUUGAAACUUAUCAAGCAAGUCAUUAUUGCUAAGAUGCUGCACAAGCUGUUGUGACACAACUCUCUCAAGAAUAUUAGAUACAAAGAGCAGGUUGGAGACUGGGCGAAAAUUCUCGCAGUCAUUUGGGUUUAGGCAACAUUUUUUAAGCAGAGACUUAACGACCGCCACCUUGAAGAGACGUUGGACUGUGGCAGACUGAAGGCUACUAUUCACAAUGUUUUACAAUACAGGAAGCAAGAUUUCUAGACAGUCCAAAAGAAUCUUGGCAGCGAUGGGGUCAACAAUAGAAGAUUUAGGUUUAGAUACCAUUAUUAUAUGUCUUAACUGGUCAUGGGAAACUGGGGAAAAUUCCACUAGAGGGUUUCCUCCAAAGACAUUCUCCAUUGCAGACAAAUCACAACGUUCCUCAAAGCUCUUUUUGAUUGUUUCAAUUUUUUCAUUAAAUAAAUGUAUCAGUUUAUCUGCAGCUUGCUCGCUUCUCAUGUCAGGCAAAACAAGGGGUGUUGAUUUCUUCCCGAGACGGUUAUUCACCACAGAGAACAUCUUACGAGAGUCAGUACCUGCUGCCUUAAGGAGAGAUUGAACAUGUUCAGACUUAGGGUGUCUGAUUUCUUGCGCAUACAUUUACGUGCUUUAGAAACGAUAGUUUGUCCACUUUACGACCACUUCUUCUCCAAUGCUUCUCAGCUAAACGCCUAAUAAGUUUGGCUUUCCGAACUGUGGGAGUGAACCAAGGGGAGUUAGAUCUGUUACUAACAAACUUAUUUGACACUGGGGCAUAUGUGUCCAACAAAGAAAUGAGAGUCCAAUUGUAGAGAAUGACUAGUUGUUCAAUAUCUUUAGGUGGUGACUUCACUAACUCAGUCCCAGAAAGACAAUUCCGAAAAGAAUUAAUAUCUAUCUUCUUUAAAUUCAUCAAUUGAAUUCUCUCCCUCUGAGCAACAUAUCUAGCCAUAUGUGUUGUAAACCACACAAGGAAGUGAUCAGACAAGAAAAUAUUCUCCAUAUUCACAGACUGAAUUAAAACCACUUUGUCGGAUCUUGACAGAACCCAGUCCAAGAUAUGACCAUCCCUAUGCGUUGGUUUUGAAACAUGCUGAACUAAAUCAGCCAAGUCAAACAACUGCGUAAGAAGACGAAUAUUACUGCAAUUUGGAUCAACCCAGGGAAAGUUAAAGUCACCUAAGAUGAGUAGAUUUUUGUUGCUAAUGGUUGUUACAAGUUUUCUCAAGUCUUCAUGAAACGUGGUGUCUUUGAGCUUAUUAGCAGCAGAAGGCAGAGGUCUAUACAGAGCGACAGUUCGUACCGUUUGUUUGCCCUGAGAAAUGACAAAGCUUAAACUCUCAAAAGAAGCGAGCGUAAGCUGAUUACACAGUCUCACAAUAAUGGAGGAUCGAUGGAUCACAGCCAACCCUCCACCACUUUGAUCAGAAGACGGUGGAAAAAGACAUAGCUGGCAGGGGUCAUGUCUUUAAUUGCUGGCUCAUCGCCACCUUCAUGAAGCCAUGUCUCCCUGAUAAUAACAAUGUCAAGCGACUUCUCAGUGAUAAGGUCAUUGAUGAUCAAUGCUUUCUUUACAGAUGACUGCCAUUAAUGAGCCCAAUGGUUACAUUGCCAGUCUUUUGAUGCACUAACUUUGUGGGAGCUGAGUGCCAAAAUAUCAUAUUUUUUCUACCCCCACGAAAACCUCUUGCUGUUUUCUUUUUUAUUAACACAGUGUUCGACAUCGUGUAAGAACAUCACUACUAAGGAGACAGCUAUCAGGGGUACACAGCUGACGCAGUGAAGUAAAUGAGUAGUGAAGGGGUGGCAUUUUUUUCAAGUUAAUUUCUCAGACUGUCAAAACAACUUGAAACAGACAGACACUAUUGUGGCCUGACAAUUGCUACACAGCGUCGCAUAUAGUCCUAUCGAGAAAUGACAGAUUGUUACCUCAGAGCUUCAACACGGUGGUAUGCUAUGAUUGAGAAUUUCAGCUACUAAACACGGAAAACACAGUUACAGAUAGAUCCAAAAAGAAAAACAGAAUAGAAAAAAAAACAGAAUAAGUCCACCAAAUCUUAGUUAUUUUCGAAAUAAAAUAUAUUCAUACGUCCAGGAGACUUUCAGAUACAAAAAUAUCCAACUAUCCAGGAAUAACAUUUAAGAGAAACAAUCCAAAAAUGAGAAAAAUGUGGAGAGGUUUCACUGCUGCCUUUCAAGCGACUCGUGAACUCAUAAGUUCUUUGGUAAAAAAUAAUAAACAAUUAUUUGUUGAUUAGUUAUAUUAUGAAUAUUCUUUAGGCCUGCGCCCAAGCAUUUAAAUGUUCCUAUAAUGAAUGUUUAAUUUGACAGAGUGACAAUGUCCGAAGCCACCAAGUUUGGAUCAAUUCUCUUAGUGUCAGCCAUAGAUUUUGAUGAUGAUCCAAGAAAUCGAGAUCUCCUCUUUCAACUCACAGGACCUCAGUCUACUAACUUUUUAGUUGUAGCACUUAAUCAACAAGCUGACAUUCGAGUGGCAACGGUAUAUAUUUUUAAUAUUUAAAGAUUUAUAUAGAAAUUAAAAAUUUAUUUCUUUUAAUGUAAAUUUGAAUUGAGAGAUAAAUUGUUUUAAAUGUGUUGCAAGUUGUUAGUUUAGUAUGUAAUUUUUGUACUGAAAUAAUUAAAUUCUCUUUAAUUACAUUUAUGUUAACUCAAGGGUUUAAUUAUAGUUUUAUUUUUAUUCUUAUAAAAUUCCAUCGCUGUGGCACUAAAGUGUUUGUCAGGCUUUGGCCAGCCUUAUCACAUCUUUCCACUCAGACUUAUAUGAUGCUUUUCUUUUGGAAAAUUGGAUUCCCAGCGGCUGUAGAUCUUUUUCCACAUCAUCCAUCCAUAUAAGCCAAGGUCUACCUUGAGCCAUUUUUGUCUGGAAUUUGGUUGUGCACCCUCUUUACUCCUCUGACAUAUUGGGAUUUCUUUCUAAGUGUCGUGCCUGGGGUAACCUGCCCUUGUUUAUUUCUGCUACUAGUGUGGCAUCCUGAUUUAGACUAUACAAUUUCUGAUUGUUUCAUAUUCUCUCUUCAUAUUCAUCCUUUCUUUGUCCAUAUAUUUUCCUUAUAAAUUUUCUCUCCCAUGUGUUUAAUAAGUUUUCUGCCAUUUUUGUUAGGGUCUAAGUUUCACUUGCAUAUGUUACAACUAGGCUGAUUCCAGUUUUAUAAAUAGUUUUCUUUGUUUUUCUUGUGAUGUUUUUACUUUUGAGUAUUUUCUGACUACUGAAGUGUGCGCUUUUUCUGGCUGAUACUCUUUCAUUUAUUUCUGUUAUUAAUUUGUUUCUUUGAUUUAAGAUCCUAGGUAUUUGAAUUUAUUUACAUUUUCAAAAAUGUAGUUUCUAAUUUUAAUGGCUUCAUCUGUUUGUUCUUCUCUUAACAUAGUCAUGUAGUUUGGUUUUUGUUUCUUAACUUUCAGUCCUGAUUGUUGUGAUGCAUCUACUAAUUCAAAAAAAGCUAUUGACAUGUCUUUACUACUUUUUCCUAACAGUGAUAUGUCAGCAGGAUAGGGAAGAUAGUGAAGGGGUUGGUUGUAAAUUGCCUAUUGGUUGUGGGUUUCCCUCAAAAAGUAUCUUGUUAUUGUUCCUCAAGUGUAAAUAUCUCAUAACUCUCUCCAAUGUUAGUUUAAAUAGCAUACAAGACAGUCAAAUCUGAAAUGCCCUUGAAUAUUCCCUGAACCUUGAUUUGCUUUUUGAGUUGUUAAUAUUAAAUGUAUAUUUAUCAGUCUUGUCCAUUUGUUGGGUAUGCCAAACACCUGCAGAGUCUUAUGCAGAUAUUUUCUGUUGGUGCUGUCAUGGCCAUUGUUUAGUUCACAUAUAGUUAAUGUACUGAGAUAUUAUAUUCGUAACAUUUCUCUAAUAGACAUCUGAUGCGGAAAAUCUUAACCGUCAUUGAUCUGUUUCGUCUGAAUCCACAUUGGUAAUCACCUAGCUUCUUAUAAAAACUUAUUUCCAAAUUUAGACAGUGGACUAUGAGAGAGACCCACAUAAUUUAACAUUCAUCCUCCAUGUGGAUGACGGUCAGCCUGGUCAUGAGAACUCAACCCAAAUUCAAGUGUUUAUCACAGAUUACAAUGAUAACCCACCCAUAUUUAAAGAGAAUGAAAUUAGUGUUACAUUGAUAGAAGAACAGCCGCCUGGGCAGGUGAUUGCAACGUUUGCUGCUAUUGAUGCUGAUGAAGGAAUGAAUGCUCAGUUUGAGUAAGUUUUUUUUUCACAAGCCCUUUAUGGAAAUUUGAAAACAAUAUUGAUGUGUCAAAAAAAUAUUUGCGGUUACAAAAUUUGUGAGCUGAAAUCUAUUUUUAAAAAUUUGGUAUAAUAAUACGAACUUGAUGUAAACAAAUAAUACUUGAUGUUGUGAAGCUAUAGAAUUAUAAGUUUUUGUGAAUUAUAAACACUGUCAGGUGCGAUAGUUUUUUUCAGCCCAACAAUGAAUUAUGUUUUGCGUAGAGGAUAGAAAGGAAAUGUUGAUACUAUUUUGCAUCCACAGUGAACACCUUAAAUAGCUGUUGUUUUAUUCUGUGUUCACACAUUUUAUUCAACUUUCCUGUUUGAAGAAUGGGAAAAAAGACAGAGAUGGAUUCGGUAAUUUUUCUUUUCAUCACUUUUUUUUUCAAAGAUAUUCAAUAAAUCGAGCAUCUGAUCCAAGAUAUGAGUUCUACAUUGAUCCUCACACAGGAAAAGUAACUACAAGGAAGCAACUGGACAGGGAGGUGGCAGAGUACAUGGAGGUUGUCAUAAUGGCCAAAGAUAAAGGUAGUGUAUGUUGUGUAUGAAAUUACUUUGCAUUCAAAAAUAAAAGCCUCCUAUAUGUUAGAAUUUAAGACAUAAUAUAGAAGAAGCUGUAAUACACAUUUCAAUCCAGAAUUACGCUUAAUAUUUGUGCUAUAAAAUGUAUACUUCUAACUGAAAAGAUAUAUAGUCCAUAUUUUUAAUGUUCGUUUGUCAUUAUAACUUUGCUCUUCUGAAGUUGGAUAUAUUGGUAUAUAAUUCAAUAAAUUUAACCACUCAGUUAAUACUUAUUAAUCUUUCUAUCAAGUGUUGUACAAAUGACCAAUAUAGUUGGCCAAUAGAGGCACAUUUAAAAAAUCUCAAACUUUCAAAAUAAAACACUCCUUCCAUUUGGAAAAAUUCUAAUUUUAAGUUUUAAAAUUCCACUCCUGUUUUUGCUGAAAUAAUGUUAGUGAUGCAGCCAGCCAAUAAUUUUGUCAAUAAUAUUUAAAACCACAGGAGAGAUUCCGUUGAACAGUACAGCCUUGCUGAAGAUCACCCUCACUGACAUUAAUGACAAUGCUCCGUCAUUCCUUGAAGAUUACCGCCCCAAAGUCCAAGAAAAUGUUGUGAACAAUAACCUCAUGGUUGCAGAGAUUUUUGCAAAAGAUCCUGAUAAACUCUAUGGACCUCCUUUUGGUUUCCAAUUGCAGACAGGAUGUGGAGAAUGUGCUCCUUUUAGAUUGGAGUUGAACCAAGGUUAGCAUCCUUAACAUUUAACACAGAUUAUACUAAUAAACAAGAAACGAAGCAAAGUUCUAUUAAUCUGGCUUUCCUGCAGUCUUAUAUUUCUACUAUCAUAGUCCAAGUGAAAAUUUAGGUGCUUCUUAUACUUAUGUUUUAAGCAUCACUUGACUAGGACAGUUGGCAUAGGGGCAAGAUAUUAUAUUUUUGUGCAAUGAAGUAUUUAUUUCCCUUCAAUAAUAUUACCUAUGGAAUUUAGUUCUCAAUUUUAUACAAAUAUAUAUUAUUAGAAUAUGUAGUACACUGUCAGAAAAAUAUUUCUUUACAUAAAUUUUGACAGGUUUAUAGAUAUAUAAAUAGCAAUCUGAGCUAUAAAGUCUAUUUUAUUUUAUUUAAAUAUUACCUAGACAAUAAAUGCUUUUGUGUAUAUCAUAAAAUAUACUAACAUUUUAACAUGUAUACAUUUUCACAUUGUUUCCAUAAAUUCAUUUGCCAACAGAACUAGUUAUAAUUAUUUAUUGUUAUAGCCUGUGUUGAUUUAGUUUUUUUUUCACCUUUAGCUGUAGCAUUCUACCUUACACAACCUCCCGCUUUUUGUUUUGAUAUUGACGUUUGGGAUUAAAUGUGUGGCGCUACACAAAUACCCUCCACUCCCUUCAUUGGGAAAAGGUUGUUUACUUCCUAAUUUGUUCUAUAGAAUGCUAUCGGGUGGUGCAAUUUCUAGAAUUUCUUUUUUGAAAGGUUCUAACACCUUCCCUAUAAAUAAGCCUGCACCUCUUUCAGACAGAAGAGAUUAGCUAGAUUUCCUAGGCACGAAACUUAAGAGACGUUAUUAUUAUUAGAAUAUGUAGUACACUGUCAGAAAAAUAUUUCUUUCCAUAAAUUUUGACAGAUUUAUAGAUAUAUAAAUAGUAAUCUGAGCUAUAAAGUCUAUUUUAUUUAAUUAUAAUAUUUAUUUUUUAUGCUUGAUUUUUUUUUUAUAUAACGAGCCAAAUCUUAAAAUAUAUUAAAUUUUCAAACCGAUAUAUCAGUACAUAACAUAAUAACUAACAUAAUUUAAAUGAGUCCUUCUCUCACAGCUGGUAACGGCUCAGCAAAAAUCUUUACUAGCACAACCUUUGACCGUGAGGUACGCAAAUACUACCACCUUCCUAUAAUAAUGUGGGAUUUGAGAGGACUAUCAGCUAAUAACUCCAUGACAGCCACCAACACACUUGCAGUUGUCAUUGGAGAUGACAAUGACAACAACAUGAAGCCUGGCAAUCAAGACAUUUUUGUAUACAACUAUGAAGGUGAUUUAUUUAACAUUGUCUGUAAAAAAAAUCUUUACAUUAUUGCCAUAUUGUCUUAUCUCAGUCAGUUUGACAAACUAAACAAAACAAUCAUGAUAUACAGCUUCAUAAAUGAGACUUAAGGCUUAAGGCUCUGAGUCAAUAUUACCUGCCUGGUUUAUUAAAUUGUAUACGUCAACAGACUAGUCAGAGUAUAAGGACAUGAGUCAGAGUAGACCACUUUUUAAAGUUUGUGGAGGGAACUGUGAGGUUAUUCUGUGAAUGUAGAGAGCAACAACGGCUGUUAAUAAACAGUAUCCUCAAAAUGUGCUGUGAAUGGAUAAACCAGCCAGAUGGAUACAUUAACCUUUGGGACUAAGUUGUUGUCAGUUGGAUAUAAAUUUCAGUCAAAUAUCCAGACUUGGUAGUUUCCUUGGGGAAAGUAGGAAGCUGUUGCUCUAACAAGCAAGAAGCUUACUCUCUUAUGUUUGAAGUGAUGAGGGUUAUAGUGGGCUAUUCUCUUAACCUCUAGGGCAAGUCUAAGUAUCAUAAUGACCAAUUUCAGUGAUUAUUUAUAGUUUGCCUUACUCUGGUUUAUGUUUAAAUUAUUAUUUAAAAAGCAUUGCAUCGAAACUUUGACAGGGAAUUCUAGCGAUGUUGAAAUCGGCCGUGUCUACACAGAUGACCCAGACGACUGGGAUCUGCCUGAUAAGACGUUCUCCAACCUUCAACCAACUACAAUGCAAAAGUAUUUCAAGUCAGUACACUGUACAAUUAUUAAGCAUUUGUUUCAGUUUAUCAAUUUUAGUGAUCCAUAUUCAUACUUUUACCAAUUAAGUCUCUACUAAAACAAGCUUGUCCGUUUUUUUAAUAUGUGACCCUGAUGCUGUCAUUUUUUUAUAGCUAAUGUAGUGAACAGUAAUUUUUAAUCAGAGUUAUAUGUCAUUUUCAGUGUUGCCUCAGACACAGGAAUGGUUACAAUGAAGAGAGGUGUACCCGUGAAUGGCGCUGACCCUCCCUACAAGUUUAAGGUAUUUAGUUAAGAAUUGUUAAUUCCAUUUACUUUAUUUGGAGGUAAUUUUUAAGUACCUGGUAAUGAUCUUUAUUAUUUUCUUGCAUUUUAUUAUUUGAAGUUGUUAAUGGAGUAUGCCGAGAGUGAAUAUUUUCUAGCAAUUGUUGCACACUUAAUAUUAUGUUUUAUUGCAAGCUGUGUGCUAUAGAAUUAGUUUAGUUAAUAAACGCUUUUCCCACUAUUUAAUUUGUGUCAUAUAUUUAUGGUAAUUAUGAGUAGUGUCUGGGAUUCUUUAACGUAGAUGCAUUUUGAUUUAGCAUUCGUUGAAAGAACUGUGUCGCGAUUGGUAGUGGUUGUGCAUUAUAUCUCCUUUUAGCGAGCUGCGUUAUACAGGUUUUUGAUUCAAUGUACAGCCUGAUAGAUACGUUCCUGGAUUAAAGUUUACAAUGCUAAUGGAAAAACAGUGUGAUUACGACCUAUUAACGUAUUUAAGAAUUUAAUGAAAUAAGGCAAUCAAAUACAAAUUGUGUGACAGUAUUGUCUCAAUGAAUUUGUGUAAGAGCAGCUUUCUUAAUAAAGAUAAGCAAAUUUUUGUAAUUUUGUUAUCCUUUCAGUUUCAUUGCUUUUGUUGUUUUUUAAUUGCUAGAUUUUCAACCAGCCAUAUCUUAAUGAAUAAUGUCUAGGCUCUAUUUUCGUAUCUUUCCCCCGGGGUGGAGUUACCCUUGUAGCUCCUCUCCUUCGCCUUGGGAGACGGACGUAGUGACGUGAGUUUUUUUGCUUCGGGUAGUCUGCUCUACCUUACUGGUCAGUCGCUCCACGUAGAGGAAAAACUCUUUCGGGCACCACCAAGGUGGACAUUUAACCGCAUCUGUAGACCUAAUUCCCUCACUAGAUGUCCCCGGGGAGGCCAGGAUGGUUGGAGAGCCCUAUGUGAGGAAAAUGUUGUAUUGCUCAGCUCAGCAGAUAGAGCUGGUAGCCAAUGUACUAGCCGAGGUCUUAAGAGAUUAGUCUCAGACCUUCACUAGAAUAAUAUGUGUGUUAGUUAGUGCCAUUGAUUUAUUGAAAUUCUCCAUAUCUACAUUUAAGGUGGAUGUAUUUGACAAGAAGUUCAACUCCCGUGUAACAUGCACUGUGUCAGUGACUGUCAUGGAAUUGAGUGAUGAAGCUGUACGAAAAUCCGGAUCUAUACGACUUUCAGGUAAAUUUAAUAAAAGAUCAUUGGGAAAUAUUUAGUAUCUUUUACCGGAUCGAAUGACAUUUAAUUUAAGUUGUAUUGUCUCUUUUAUUUCAUGUUAAUCUUUCAGAAAUCUGUUUCUAGAAUUUAACUGGAAAUAUUUUGAAUGUCACUUUUCAUUAGGCAUAACGGCAGAAGAGUUUGUCAAGCGGUCUGGGUUUGGGACUACAGCCAGUAGUCCAUAUGACAAGUUCAAGCAGCAAGUGGCAAAUCUUCUAGGAUAUCAGAGCAAAGAUAAUGUGGAGAUUGUUUCCCUCACUGAUGUGGAAGGUGACCUGGAUGUUAGGUACUCUGCAAGAAGCCCUUACCUUAAUCCAUCUCAGCUGGAGAGUGCUGUUCUUCUAAACCUGACCAGGGUCAGUCAACAAUUUCAUACUAAUUAAGUUGUUUAUCUCAAAUGAUAUUUGGACUUAAUAUAUACUAACUGUUUACAUUAAACACUAACAUAUCAAUUCAUAGCUUUAUCAUAAAUUUUAUCUCCCCACAUGAUCUCUUUUUCAUUUUUUUUUUCCUCAUUUUAUUAUUCAGAAUUUUUUUUUCAAAAUAUAUGUUUGUUUUAUUUUUAAUUCGGUUUUACAAAUGAUUUUUUAUUUGAUUUGAUUUACGUUACUUAUUUUUUUUUAAACUACCUGUAUAUAGAGCGAAAAAUUAGUUAUUUUUUUCUGCUUUAUUCAAAGUGCUGAGAAGUGGCAGACAACAUGACUCUUACAUACUGCAAUUUAUUAUAUAACAAUCAAGAUUUCUCACUGCUGUCAACAGUUUGAACGAGAUGUUGGGGUAAAAGUGGCACAGGUUCCUAUAAAUCUAUGCGCGGAUGAGAGCUAUGAUGAUGGAUGCUAUACAUAUUUUAAUUUUACGGGAAAACCUAGACUUAUCAAUGCUAAUGGAACCAGCUAUCUGGUAAUGGACACUUCCAUGACGGCUGAAUCAGGCUGUGUAGACUCAAUGUUUCCUUAUCCUGUUGAAUGCAGGGGAGACUAUUGUUAUAAUGGAGGGACUUGUGUUAAAGAUGACUGGGGUAAACUGAGGUAACUAUUUCACUAGUAAUCAAAUAUUCUAAGCCAUUAGACAUGACUAAUAUAAAUUUACCAACUAUUAAAUUGCAGACUUUCAUUGUUAAAAGUUACCCAUUUCUCAUAGUUUAUUAUUAGUCAUUAUUAUUAUUAGUCAUUAAACUUCAUCUCAGUUUUGAUAAUAACAUUGAUUAAUAGCAUUAAUAACGUAUUAUUAGGGUCACAGUUUUGGAGGCUACAUUUAUAAUUUUAAAAUGACAAACUUGUGAUUCUAUUCACCAUAUAAAAAAAAAUUCAGCUGCCAGUGCUCUCCUGGGUUUGAUGGUCCCAGAUGUCAGCAGCGUCGGCAUCAGUUUGAUGGGUCAAGUAUAGCCUUUUAUGACAGUUUGUCCGUGUGUGCUGAAGGAAGGACCAGCAUUGAUCUGAUAACGACACAGGAUGAUGGUCUUAUCAUGUACAGUGGUGCUAUAGUUGGUGCAACUCAGCAGGAGGUAGUGCAUUGUCAGUGUUCAUAAUGAUUACAGCAUUUCAUAUUUCUUAGGUGUCUUACUUCUCAGUCUUCUUACAAGGUAGAAAUCUUAAUGACUGGACUUAAGUUGCUUUUAUCAGCAGUGUUUACAAAUAAUUCAAUGCACAGUCUAGCUCUUCAUAUUGUGUAUUCUAAUCCUUCAUAUUAUCUCAUAUUAUCUAGUCUUACCCUUAAUAAUCUCUAUUCUAACCCUUCGUAUUUUGUAUUUUAACUGUUAAUAUUCUUUAUCUAGCAAUAAACUUUCAUGUAAAUAUAAUAUUAUUUUCAUUUCUGAAAAUUGUCUAAAAAAUACUUUAUUGCUGAAAAGAGUGCUAUUUAAAUACAGAAAUUUUUGUUUUGUGAGUUUAAUUUGGGUAUUGCCAUACUUUUUAUAAAUCCUAACAAAAAUUUUUCUUCUAUGCCAUCAGACUCCCAAAGAUUUCAUUAGUCUUGAACUGAAAGGUGGUUACCCCAUUUUGAUAUUAAACCUUGGAUCUUAUGAGGUUUGCACGGAGAUAUAUUGCUCAUAUUUAUCUUGUCUUGUCAUCUGUAUUACUUAUCAUAUGUCAAAACAAGCUAGUCACCAAUAAAACUUAAAUGUAAGUCUAAUAAGCUGAGAUUUAAAAAUAAAAUCUUAUUCUAAUUAGAUGAUAUUUUAAAAAUAGUAAUCCUCUUUGGACUAAAGGUUUUAGUAUUUUCAAAAAAAAAAUGUUUGAAUGCUUAUUACAUGGUCCUGUGCGCUUUUUUUUUUGCCACAGGGAAAUGUUUUGGGUUUUUAAUGAACCAUUUCAGUUUUGAAACACUAAAAAUGGUCAAUAAAUAAAUUUUAAUGAGUAUUUAUUUUUUAUUUUUAGGUAAAAUAUCUAAAUUUAGUUAUGGCUUCAAUAAGUCGACAUGUAUUUGUUGCAAUUUUUUUAUUAUAUUUACACAGGUUACUGUUGCCCUUACUGGCAAACAUACAAAUGGUCAGACAAGAAUGUCAAAACUGAGUGAUGGCAAGUGGCAUACCAUCCAUAUUGACAGGGACAAGCAGGUUAUUUUAAUUUGGGUAUUGUAAGGGUAAUUUAAAAAUAAAUUUAAAAAAAGAAUUAUCUUAAAUUGUUCAGAUAAAUCAUGUCAGCAUUAAUUUUUUUCCUGGCUUUAUACAUUGUUUUAUUACUUAUUUAAAUAAAUAUAUAAACUUAAAUAUUACAUCUUUAAAAAUUGAUUUUUGCAGGAAAAUUAAUAUUUCAGAAAAGAUUAAAUUUGGGCAGUGUACUUGCAUGUUCAAACAGCAUCUUUUUAAUGAGUAAAAAAGUUUCUGAUGUUGUCAAUGUUUCAAAUAUUCAGCAAGUGACUUUGACCGUAGACCAUUGUGAGACAGCUGCUGCAAAUGCAAGUGUUGGCUAUGUUGCAGACUGGUCACCAUGUACAGCUACCGGCAUGGUUCCUGGGCCUGAUAUGCUUCUAAAUGUUCAGUCAUUCCUACAGCUUGGAGGACGAUACAUGUCACUAGCAACAACUGGCUUCAGUGGAUGUUUGAAAAAUUUAUUCCAUAACACAAAGGUUUGAUUUCAAAAUAAAACUGACAAUACCAUUUUUCACAGUCUACCGGUACUUUAAAGUUAAAGGCACCAGCAUCUUUAAAGAAAAUGACAGUUAUCAAGUUUCAGUUUCUGUUAAUUUGUAAACAUUUUUUCAUCUCUUGUAUAAUUCUUUAAAUUUAAAACAAAAAUUUAUAAGUAUUAUCUGCACUAUUUUUAAAAAGAACUUCUCUUUUGAAAAUAGCAAUUUCCAUCCUUCGCAUUUUUAUUUCUUUUCCAUGACUUUGCGUGCAGCUCUAUGACUUGAACUACAGAAAUAUUCCUAACUGGAAAUCUGGCACCAAUGGCUGCGCAAGGGAAGAAGCUAUCUGUGGUCAAGGUACAGCCCAGCCUGUCUGUGGUGAGCAUGCUACAUGUAACUCUCUGUGGCUGCCAAAUGAACAAGUGGUAUCUUGUCACUGUGAUCCUGGCUGGUAUGGAGUCAAGUGUGCUAAAGGUCUGUCUUGUUUAUGUGUGCAGUUUUAAAAAAAAUAAUCCAUUUUUUCUUGUUUGAUUUUUGUUUCCCUUUUCCUUCAUCUAUUUUCAUGCAAUUAAUUUUAUUUCUUUUUGAUCUAUUGAGUUUUGGUAUGCUGAGUAGUUUGAUUAUUUAAAGCUUGAUACAUAUUUUAAUGUAUGAAAAAUCAUGACUGGACAAAACUUUUAUUAAAAACAAAUUAAAAAUAAGCAUUAUUUUGAUCUAAUUCCCUUAUUUAAAAUCUUAUUAGAUUAAAGGCAGUUUAAGUAUUAAUUGGAUGAUGACAAAUGAUUAUUUUGUAACAAGUCAAAUAGUAAUUAAACACCCUUAAACACAUAUUUUUUUAUAAAUCCUUUAUAAUUUAUAUGCUUUUUGUUUGCAAUCAUAAAAUUGUACAUGAUUUAUCAUUUAUGUUAUGUAGUAACUGAUUUUUGGUAUGGGAAUGGUUUUUAUCAAAUUUAGUGCAUACUGGUAUAAUAACUAACAGACUAACGAUACAUUUAAACCCAAAUAUGUCAAAAAUCCAAAGCACAUAGCAAAAGCUAUACAGCAAAACAGACAGCCAUUAAACAAAUCGCAUUAUGUUCAUCUUCCCCUUGAAAAACAGGAAAAUCAGAUUUUUUAGGGUUUGGGGAUGGCGCUGAAAAUUUCUAUAAAAUGUUUUUUCAUUGGCAAUAAUUCUCCAUGCCAUGUUUCAGCUCAAUAGGAUGGAAAGAAGUGGGUCAUUUAGCUUUCCAAAAAAAAUUUCACGAACAAAAGGGAAGUUAAUAUAAAGAAUUUAAUAAUUUCCUUUGCAAAGGACAAUUUCACUUAAAAAAGCAAAAAUGAAUUUAAUUCUCUGUCAAAUAUGUUUUAUGUAAGCACUUUUACAAGUUGUUUAAUUAAUUUUUUAAACUGUUUUGUGAUUUGUAAAUUUUUUUAGAGGCCCCAACAUAUGACCUCAGAUCACAAAGUUUCCUUAAAUGGAAUGUUAACAGCACUAUUAUUGAGCAAGCUCUCAGAAAGAUGAGUCUUCAAAUGAUGUUCAGAACCCGCAGAACAACUGGCACCUUGUUAAUUUUAACAAAUGCUCCACAAAACACAAUAAUUCUUCAGGUUUGCUAUCCUUUUUUUUUGUUUUAGUUUCAUGCAUUUUUUAUGUAUGUUCACCAUAGGAAGUGACUGAGAAACACAUCAAUUUAUGACAUUUGAGAUUUAAUAAGAUAUUUUUAAACAACUGUUUUGGUUUGUUUACUUUAUGGGGGCACUCAUUGCAUUUUAUCAAUGCAGCAUAGCGCUUUUUUUUUUCCUCUUUGUUUUCUAGCUGGAAGCAGGAAAACUGACCCUUCGAUAUAACAUGGGAAAAGGAGAGAAUAAAAUUAUCUUGGAUAAUACACCUGCCAAUACUGGUCAGUGGCACACUGUCCGCAUGGAGAGAUAUGGCUCUGAGUUUAUCUUGAGCAUGGAUGGUGGAGAGGGAAAGUAUUACACAUAUCAACUUGCACUGCCAGAUCUCAGCGUUUUCUUCAGAAUGUUGUCUUAUAUAAGUGCUGGAGCUCGUGUACAGCCAGUUGCAACUGCGCCUGAAAAUAAUCAAAUCAUUGAUGAUUUGAGAAACAGUAAGGGGCUUUACCGGUACCGUAUCUUUAUUUAACAUUUUAAAAUUUUAAAAUGAAGUAUUUACAUUCAAUAACCCGAUGUGGCUACAACAUUAGAGUGGUAUGCUGUUUACUACUGAUACUAUAUGAACAUUGCUGGACGGUCUUUAUCUUAUUGCGUACCGGUAUUAAGAAUUAUACCCCUCCCCACUAAGUUGACUUCGUCUCCAUGUACAAAUGGUUACGGCUAUACCAAAUUCCAAAUUUAAUACCCAAAUUUGUUUUCUUUGUCUCGUUUUUUAAAUAAUUGCAUAUUACUAUUCAUACAUUGUUGAUUUCUGAUCAAAUUAAUUGCAAUAAGUUGGUGAAUAGGUAGAUAACUUGUUCACCACAUGUUUGAGACUGUUUUCAAUAUAUGGUCGAUGCAGUUUUUAAAAUUUCAUUUACUAAAAAGUCAAAGAAUACACUAUCACUAAGACUUGCCUUAAUUUAAUUGAAAAAUCAAAUCAAAAAGAAAUAUUUAUUUUGGAUAUGUGAUAAUCAUUUUUAGAUGAAUUUAAAAAUUAUUAAUUUUGAAAUAUUUUAAUCAGCUUGUGUACGAGACAUUCGACUCAAUGAUAUUUGGCUGCCGCUAGCAACAGCUCAGAACUCAGAUGCCACAGGGAUAACACUUUAUCAGGCUAGGAAUGUACAGGGAGGAUGUACCAGGGAUGACUGUGGUACAUCACCCUGUCCUAUUAACACGGUUUGCUUCCCUCUAUGGGAAGCUUAUGAAUGCCGGUAACUAUUUACUCUUUAUGAAAUUAUCAUUGAAGACUUAGGCUUGCCAAAAAAAAAAUUGCACUCAAACUCAAAACAAACUUACAAACAAAACAUUUGAUUGCAGCCCAGAAUCUGAUAAUUUCAGUUAGACAUGUCCUACACAAGCUGACAUUUAUCUCAUUAAUUUGAAAUGUUUUAAUUCCAGGGCUACUCCAUCAUACUUGAUAAUGAUUUUAAAAUCUAGGAUUUAAAUAUCUUUCAACUAGUUAGUUUUCCAUUAAAAGUUAAUUUUACCUUCAGAUUUUUGGAUAAUAACCCACCUAUAUUUAAAGAGAAUGAAAUUAGAGUUAUAUUGAUAGAAGAACAGCCGCCUGGGCAGGUGAUUGCAACGUUUUCUGCUACUGAUGCUGAUGUAGGAAUGAAUGCUCAGUUUGAGUAAGUUUGUUUUUGUAAAAGUCCUAACACUUGAACUUGAAGAAAUUCUCAACAAAGUAUUUUGGCAUUAAGGAUUAAAGAAAGGAAAAAAAAAUAUUUAAAUUUCUAUUGAAAUAUUUUGCAUUAACAAUUUAUGUCUGUAGAUUUUUAAUUGAGAUUUUUUGUAUAGGUUUUUAUAUAUUGAAAGGUUGACAUGUAUGUAUUUGAAAUCAAUAGUUGGGAAAACUAUCGAACUAUAAGACUAAUAAUCCAAAUUGAAAACAUUCAAAUAACUCUUUGUUAUUAUUAUACAUGUUAAUGAUUUUAGUAUUUAAAUUCAAAUUCAUCCAUAACAAAAAUAUAUUAGAUUACAUAAUAAUUAAAGAGGCAUGUAUGGUUUUAAAUUAAUCUAAGGACGAAAUCAAUUUGUUUUGUAACAGGUAUUCAAUAAUUCAAGCAACUGAUCCAAGAAAUGAGUUUUACAUAAAUUCUCUCUCAGGAAGAGUAACUACAAGAAAACAACUGGACAGGGAGGUGGCAGAGUACAUGGAGGUUGGGAUAAUGGCCAAAGAUAAAGGUAGUGUAUUAGAUAAGAUACAUGCACAAUAAUAUUUAUGUGUAGAUUCCAAAUGCAAAUUGUGCAGCUUCUUCUUUGCACCUUCAUCGUAUAAUUUUUUUUUCAAAUUUGGAGUGGCAUAAUCUGCUACACCUAUUGCAAGUAAACAUUGAAUGGUGCUGAAUCACAGCUAUGACAUAUGCCAAUUUAUUGUGUAAUGCUCUGUUGUCAGUAGGGAGGAAUUAAUCUCCUAUUUACAUGUAUGGCUUGUUCAAAGACAGUACAUAACAAAAGACGAUACCAAAUGAUAAAAAACAAUAAAAAAAAGAAUAUGAUACUCGAAACAGGGCUAAUUACAAUCAAUAAGUUUUAUUAAGUUGAUGAUAAAGUACAAAAGUCAAAAAGAAAUAUAAUUAAAAACUAUUAACUUACAGUAUAUUGUGCGGCUGACACCAGUACAAUGUCUAAUAAAACAGAAAUUGCAAAAAGGUAAAAAUAAUUUUAAAAAGUCUACUGUAAACAAACUCUCACAAAAUAACCAUAUCUCACCACCAUCGUCGCUGCCCUGGUUUGCGUGCCACUAGCCUGUAUUUAUAGUCUAUUCAAUAGAAGAUUCCAGGUCAGAAUACGCAUCGUAAUAAUGACUCAAACGUUCUACAGUGUUCUACCGCAUUCGAGUGUAGAAACAGUCGAUAGAUUGGUUUGUGGUAAAGAAGAUCAAAGGGAGUAAGACACGCCCAAAACUAAAGCAGGUGAAUUGGGGUCAGCUUAAGGUCAUUCACCAGGAAAAUAUUAAAUGAGAGUAAAAAUAGAGCGCAUAUGUAUCUAACAAUUGAUUAAGGUAAAGGAUUAAGGAUUUAUGCUACGGUACCUUGGGAACUCCAUCUUCAGAUUUUCUAUCAGAAAAUGCAUUGAUAAGAAGCACCACAAAAGGAAAACUUGGGAGUUGGUGGCUAAGACAUGGAUACAAGCUAAAAGAUUGUGGACAUUUGUUCUCAUCUGAAGAAAAUGGGGAUUGGGGAUGAAAAAGUAUUUUGUGCUUUAGGAUCUGAAAUGAAAAUAUUAAUAAGCUUGCUUUUCUUAUUAGUAGGGACUAUAAAAUCGUCAUCAAUUUAUGAUUUAUAAAUUCAGGGAAUUAACCUGUAUUACCACGUGGCAGGGGAAGUUUGGAUCAGAAUUUUCUUUCUCAUAGAUGAGCUAAAAUCUCAUGUAAAGGAGACCCAUCCAAAUUUGUAGAGAGGGGCUGAGAAACAUAUGUAUUGUUUUUUUAUUUAUUUAAGGAUGCAAGUGACCAAAUUUUGACCUUCAAUGUAACAUAAUGCUGAAAAUAGCAUGUCAGUGUCAUAAAAUAAUGUUAAUAAAGUAGCUACAGACUUAUAUUGUAUUCAAUGGUUCCCAGAGGGCUAUAACAAUUGUGAUAGGCUUCAGAACAACCUUAACAAUAUCAAUUUCAAACUUUUUUAAUAAAAAGGCAAAUCUCAUUUAGAGCAAUGUAGCAUAAUGUUGAAUGAUUAUUUUUUUUUAAAUCCAUCUUUUGAGUGCUUUAAUAUAGGAGAAGUAACCAGCUAAUAAUUGUCUAACUAUUUUUCCACAGGAGACAUUCCAUUACAGAGUACAGCAUUACUGAAAGUCACCCUCACUGACAUUAAUGACAAUGCUCCAUCAUUCCUUGAAGAUUACAGCCCCAAAAUCCGAGAGAAUGUGUGCAGUGACACAUUUGUAACAGAAAUUUUUGCUAAAGAUCCUGAUAAACUCUAUGGACCUUCUUUUGGCUUCCAAUUGCCUGCAGGAUGUAAUGUUCCCUCGUGUGAUUAUUUUACUUUGACAUUCAACCCAGGUUAGCAAUCUUCAUUUCUUAAUAUCUAUGUGAAGUGUUCAAAGGAAAAACCAGUGAUGUCAAUUUUUCGAUAUUUGCAAGUUAUCUCCCGUGUAGCUACAUUCCAUUCAAUAGAAUAAUAAGACACACGGGCCCAACUGAAAAAGCAGCGUAGUCAAUAAAAAAAAUAUUUAGACAUUUUGAUAUUUUUAUACAUUCAUGAGUAAUUUUUAAAUUUUAUUUUCAAUUUUCUCAAAACUCUCAAAACCUGACAUCCGUGCUUUUUCCCUUGAACCCUUCAUGUGGAUUCAAAUUAGUUAACUUCUACUGGGGAGACUACUUGGUUUUUUUAUUUGGGGUUUUAGAGAAUUCUCAGGAUGAAUUCACAAGGCCUGGGCUAUUUCUUUAGGAGGAUUAGCUGGGUCCCUAGACAGUAAUUCACUUCUCUCCACGCAUUAGGUGAAUCCAAGGUAACAUCAUUUUUAGAUGAAAAAACUUGCGACCGAAAUCCCGCACUUUGCCGUAGUAUAUUUAUUAUAUAUAUAGCCUACUAAUAGUUCCUAAUCCAGUCAACACAAUAUUCGGAGUGUUAGAUAGUCAAAUGGUCUAAAGAUCAGUCUGGAUUCUAUACUAAUCCCUUCUAGAUGAAUCUCGGGAAGACCUCUGGGCGCAUGUUAAGCAGACGAAAGGGGAUUAUCAAGGAAUUAUAUACUUUAUAUAGACCCGUUAACCUUUUGUUCAGCCUUCAUCACACGUUAACUGCCCCGUAAAAUUCAAUUUGCCCGAGGCCCUGCACCCUCCUAGCGCCGGUCCUGAAUAAAUUAAUCAGAAUGUUCAAUAAUUUUGUAAGAGUAGUCUCUCUUGUACUAUCUUAGGACUGUAAAAUAAUUUGUUGACAUUACUUAUGAAACAGCUCCGUUUUGGUUUAUUUUAAUAUUGUUUUAUUUCUUCACAUCUCAUUACUCCCACCCUGGUUCACUUACAGCCGCUGCCAAUGGUAAUGGCUCUGCAACAGUCAAGACUAGGACAACAAUAUUUAGUGAGGUACACAAGUACUACCACCUUCCAAUUAUCAUGUGGGACUUAAGAGGAAGAUCAGCUAAUAACUCUAGGACAGCCACCAAUACACUUACCAUUGUCAUUGGAGAUGACGCAAUACAAGGUAAUGCUUAUACUGGGAUACUGAUCCAAUACUAGUCAAAAGUUAUCACUAUCUUUCUUAAAAUUUAAAAAAAAAAUAUUUUGUAUUUCAAACUAGAUUAAGAAAUCAAAACUUCUUUUACUCUUAUGAUUUUUUGGUUUAAGAUUAUUGCCUUUUUUGUUGAGUGACAUUUAAACAAAGAUCGCCACCCAUACGAUAUUUAAUACCGGUAAGCAAUUUGGCCAGAAUGCCUGUCAGUCAACAUGCAUCGCAAGUUUACAACAGCAGGUGCUCUGGUUUCAGGGCAGAUGAAGACCACAAUGGUGGUGAAGCACAUGUGUGAAAUGCACCCUCAAAGUCCACAACAUGAACCUUUGACAUGCCUGGCACAUUGUGUCUGAUUGCCAACCUAAUCUCCCUGCGACGCCUCCCUGGCUAAAGCAAACAUAGGAAGAAUAUUCACACAAAAUAUACCAAUGAUCUUUUUAGUCCCAGAGUUAUCUUUGGACGCAUAGUUUGAGAUUGGAACCCAAUCUCCAUUUUUAACUGUAUCCCUCUGAAAUUUCUUAAGUUCCUCUUUAUUAAUUCAUUUUUUAUCAAACUAUUACCAAGUUUACUAUUCUGUCAUUGUAUUUUUUUUAAGUAAAAAAAAAAACAUUUCUAGAGUUGUUUUUUUUUUAUUAUGCUUUUUGUAAAUAAUUGAAAAUGAUUUGAUGCAACUCAUUGACAAGUUUAAUAUUUAACAGUUUUCUUCAAAUGUAUUUUCAGUAAUAUUUUUUGCUUCUCCUUGCAGGCUGUGCAAAUCUUGUUUCUCUAAGCAAUGUUUUGACCUUGAUCACGACAAUGAUAAGUCUGGUGAUGGAGAUAAAAUGAAUUGUAUGCCAUAUAUGAAUGUUAAAAAAUAACAAUGACAGUUCAAAAGACAACAUCAUACAUGCCAACCUGCACUGUUUGCCGUACUUUGUACAAUUUGUAUACCUUUUCCAAAAUGUACAGGCUUUUGUAACGUUUUCCCCUAUAAAUAUGUUUGCACAAGACACACUUUCCAAGCAUGCGGUGCAAUAAAUUCAACUUUGGACAACUAGAAGCUUUAAGACUUUUUUUCCAUUUCAAAAUGACCAAAUUGUGGAUCAGUAGGCCAUCUAAAUUUAGAAACAGCGCAGUUUCAUUGAUAGCAUUUGUUAAUACUAGACAGUAUUUACUGUAGUAAUAAUUACAAUUCUGUUUGUUAUGGUUUCUUUAAGCUAUAUCUCCAGGGGAGGGGGGGGUGCACUACCCCCAGGGAAAGUCAAAUGCUCCCCCGCCCCCCCGAGCAACAAAUAUUUCAAAAAAUAAGUCAACUGGCACUGCUGGCACUGCGCCCCCCCCCCCCCAGAAAAAUAUUACGUAAUGAAAUGUAUUUAAUAUUACUGUCAAAUCAAUGAUCAUUCACUAGCUAGCAUGGGUGAUUGUUCCUACUUAUUACAUGGCUUAUUCAUAAUACUUCCGAUACUGAGAAGGUGUAAAAAAAAAAGGUUAUCAGCUCAACAACUUUGUCAAUACGGGAAAACAAUAUUUUACUUUGUUAAUUUUAAUACAUAAUACAGGAAUCUAUAUCAUAUCAUUACAGCUGGCAAAUUAGCAGAAUAAUUAUUAUGUCUUAUUUAAUUACAAAUUUUUUCUAUCAAAUUCAUGGUCUGGCAUUGUAAAUAAAAUUACUAUCCACUAAUUUUUUAAAAAACUCAAAAAUUGACAAAAAAGACAUUAACAAGCUAUUUUCAUUUAAAAGAUGCGUUGUGCACUAUUAUGAAUGAUUUCAUCUGAUUUGAAUAUGCUCAAAUGUAUGCGCAGUGGCGAAAGGGAGAGUAUAUUUUUUUUCAUGCAUUCAAAACAUUGAUAAAAAUGAUGAAAAAGUUCUAAAUUAUACUUCUUUCGAUUGUUCUUCUUUUUUUUCUCUACAGUUUUCAUGCAGUGUAUUUUGUUAAAAAUCUUUUUAACACUCUUUUCACCUCUAAGGUUAGCAUGUAUCGAAUAGUAUUCCAUAUAUUACACUUUUUAUAAUAUAGGCCUGAUAAUCACUGGUUCCUUUUAUUUUAAGAAAUAUUUAAUUUACAUUGGAAACAUCCCUUUAAUCUUGCAAUAAAAAGUGAUUUAUUAACCCAAACCCUACGAUCUCCUACAAAAGCCCACAUCACUCUCCAAGAACUAACUGUAUUAAUGUAACAAUGUUUCUGUGGAGAAGCACUGGAAAAGGAGGGGGGGGGGAGGUGAGUGACCUGGAAUAAAGCUGAGAAGAAAUACGCUUGUUUUUAUUUAUUUUUUUUAACUCUGAAAUUUUCGCAUUUCUUCUUCUUCUUGUUCUUCUAUAUCUUAAGGGCCCACGAUCAAUUUAUUGAUCAUUUUGGCUCCUAUGCAUGUAGAUGGGAUUUGAAAUGUUUCUGUGCCUGGUGUUGAUGAGGAAAUGUAACUGUUUUCCCAGUGCCACUUUGUGAGGGAAUCAUGCACUGGGGGUUUGAAGGCUUGAGGCAAUAGACACAAAUGUGUCUAGUGUUGUCGCCUCAACUGUUCCUUUUGAAAGAUUGUUCCAGUCCCUGAUUGUCUUGGGCAGGAAUGAGCAGCUCCUAUACUGGCUUCUUGGUGGUAUGAGCCUGAAUUGCCUGUCAUGGCCUCGUCUCUGUUUAUGGGGGAGGACAAGUUUCUGUUUAAUACUGGAACAGUGGACUAGCCCAUUAUUUAUUUUGUACAUCAUGGAGAGCCUGGAUUGUCGUCGUCGUUCCUCCAAUGGUGACCAGCCCAGUGUUUCCAGCAUGCUGCCAACACUAGAGGUAUUCCUGUAGCGGUUCAGGACAAAGCGUGCUGCUCGUCGCUGGACCGCCUCCAACCUGUCAAUGCUCUUCUUGGUAAAUAGGUCCCAGACUGAAGAUGCAUAAUCUAAAACCGGACGGACAAAGGCUUUAUAUGCUUUUUCUUUCACACACUUUAUCUUCUACCAUUUCAUUAAUAAAUAAAUUAAUUAAUCUUUGUUCUCCAUUUU